AUGCCACAUUAUCGCAACAGCUCCCUCCCUAUUGAAGUCUCUGAGUUUCUCCUGAACUGUUUUGUCAACUCUCCCAGCUGGCAGCUCUGGCUAUCCCUGCCCCUCAGCCUCCUCUUCCUCCUAGCCAUGGGAGCCAAUGUCACCCUUCUGAUUACCAUCUGUCUGGAGGCCUCGCUGCAUGAGCCCCUGUACUACCUGAUCAGCCUUCUCUCCCUGCUGGACAUCGUACUCUGCCUCACCGUCAUUCCCAAGGUCCUGGCCAUCUUCUGGUUUGACCUCAGGUCCAUCAGCUUCUCUGCCUGCUUCUUCCAGAUGUUCAUUAUGAAUAACUUCCUACCCAUGGAAUCAUGCACCUUUCUGGUCAUGGCCUAUGACCGCUAUAUGGCCAUCUGCAAGCCUCUGCAUUACCCAUCCAUAAUCACUGAUCAAUUUGUGGCAAAGGCUGUUGUCUUCAUCUUGGCUCGAAACACAUUUCUCACUGCACCCAUUCCCAUCUUCUCUGCCCGUCUCCACUACUGUGGAAAAAACAUAAUUGAGAACUGUAUCUGUGCCAACCUAUCUGUGUCUAAGCUCUCUUGUGAUAGUGUUGUCCUUAACCAAAUCUACCAGUUAAUUGUGGCCUGGACUCUUCUGGGCUCUGAUCUCAUCCUUAUCUUCCUUUCCUAUAUUUUCAUCUUCCAAGUUGUUCUUAGACUCAAAGCAAAAAGGGCAGCCACUAAAGCUCUAAGCACUUGUGGCUCGCAUUUUAUUCUCAUCCUGUUCUUCAGCACCAUCCUGCUGGUUUUUGUUUUUACUCAUAUGGCCAAGAAAAAGGUUUCCCCUGAUAUUCCUGUCUUACUUAAUGUCCUACACCAUGUAAUUCCUGCGGCUUUGAAUCCCAUUGUUUAUGGGGUGCGAACCCAGGAGAUUAAACAAGGAAUUUGGAAAUUGCUGAGAAAGGGGCGAUGA